AUGGACCCUGCAAUUCACGUACCCCUGGCACUUUCUCCUCCCUCCAUGCGCCCGGCGCCUACACAAUCUGCCGGUGUUACCCACCUCAAGCACCUCAUCAACAACUAUCUAAGCAACCUCGAAUUUGACAGACCAGGAACCCACCAUGGCAUGGCUUAUGCGAUUGAAAAAGGCGUCGAAAGCCACUUUGUCAGCCUCCCCUUGGAAAAGGGCAUGUGCUUCCCAGUGAGACCCGUCUUCGAAGUAGCUGCGACCUUUGCCCAUCAGGCAUAUACGGGGCUUUCACUUGAGCUCCAGAUCCAAUGCGCUAUUUUGCUUGCCUACAUGUUUAUAGUGGAUGACAUUGCGCGGUGUUCCAUGAAAGGUCUCGACUCAUUUGGCCAAAAAUUUUUCGAUCAAAGAGACCAUGCAGAUUACAUUCUAAAUGGCCUGGAUGGACAUAUCCGAGGGUUGUCGAAUCAUUACGGUCCUUCCUGCUAUUCGCAGAUCACCCAGGGCUUAAUUGCCUAUGUAAACGGGUGUGUGAUGGCGGAAGCAAAUGCAAAAUCCUCCGCCCAAAAUUCCCAAUCAAGCCUCAUGCCGGCGUAUCUCCAGUCUAAGGACGGGGGUGCAGAAGUCCUAAUUCAUCUUCUUUGGCCAAAGGAUAUCUUUCCUAGCGACAAAUCUCCGUUCAGCUAUUCGGAAGUGACUCCCAGGCUGAUGAGAUUCGUAAAUUACAGCAAACAUAUCCUUUCAUAUUAUAGGGAAGGUAUUCGUGGCCCGGAACAGCGUAAUUUUGUGGACGAUUGGGCUAAGCUGCGGGGCUUAUCAAGCUUGGAGAUCUUGGAGCAAUUUGCAAACGGUGGUGUGAAGGCAAUGAAAGAAAUAGACGCGUUACCCCUCGACCCGCUGAUCGUCGAGCGGGUCCAAAUAUUUACUAAGGGAUGGAUCAUGCUCGGCAUAGCACACCGGGAAUACCACCUAGUUGAGCUGUUUCAGGACGAGUACCUAUAG